GCAGUAAUGCAAUUUAUGGAUGUCAGCUACAGUUAACUCCAGAAGAAGAAGAAAACAGUCCUCUCGUCGUCACUAGGAGUGAAAAAUCUGGCUGAGAGCUGUCUGUUGUCUGUCACACAGACAGAAAGCCCGCAGUAGCCUAUCGUUGCUUUCUGACAUGAUUCAUUUGCGCAUCACAUCCAAUCUCAGUAGCAAUUAUCGCGGCGACGUGCAACGACGUUUAUCGUCGAUUUUUCAGAAAAAUAAAGCUUUAAGAGACCCAACCGUCUUCAGCUGUUGUGAAGUUUACGUUAGAUCAAAUGGAUAUAAAAGAAGAAGACUGUGCCCCCAAUCAUCAGCCUGGGACAUAUUUCACCGAACAACCGAGCCUAAAGAUUCAAACUGGAGAGACGGCUUUCACCUGCAAACAAUGUGGAGAGAUUUUCACAACAAUCCAAAGCCUUGAAUGUCACACAGUGAUUCACAACGGAGAACAAACUUUUAUUUGUGCAGAGUGUGGAAAGAGUUUCACACUAAAGCGAUAUCUUAAAAAUCACAUGAAGAUUCACACCGGAGCUCAUCCUUUCACUUGUCCAGAGUGUGAUAAGUGUUUUACAGUGAAACAAAGCCUUGAAAUUCACUUGAAAAUUCACACUGGGGAAAAACCAUUCAUCUGCACUGACUGUGGAAAAAAAUUUAGAAUAAAGCAAAGCCUGGAGGGCCACAUGAGGAUUCACACUGGAGAGAAACCUUACACAUGCCAAGUGUGUGGGAAGAAUUUCAGAGAGAAACAAAUCCUCGACAAGCACUUGACCAUUCACACUGGAGAAAAGCCUUACUCCUGCCCUGAGUGUGGAAAGAGUUUCAGGGUGAAAAAGUGCCUUGAAAAUCACAUCAAAAUACACACCGGAGAGAAACCUUACACAUGCCAAGAGUGUGGAAGGAGUUUCACAGAGAAGCAAAACCUAGAACGGCACAUGAGAAUUCACACUGGAGAAAAGCCUUACUCCUGCCCUGAGUGUGGACGAAGUUUCAGAGUGAAACAAGAUCUUAAAAUCCAUGUGAGAAUUCACACCGGAGAAAAGCCUUUCUCCUGCCAACUGUGUGGAAAAAGUUUCUCCGAGAACAAGAAACUUGAAAGUCACAUGAGAAUUCACACAGGAGAAAAGCCUUUCGUCUGCUCUCAUUGCGGAAAGAAUUUCAGAGGGAAACAAAACCUUGAAAGCCACAUGAGACUUCACACCGGAAACAAGCCUUACACCUGCCCUCAGUGUGGAAAGAGUUAUAACCAACAAAAAAGCCUUGAGAUUCACAUUAGGACUCACACCGGAGAGAAACCUUUCGCUUGCCAUCAGUGUGGAAAGAGUUUCACACAACAAAGUACCCUUAAGGGUCAUAUUAGGAUUCACACCGGAGAGAAACCUUUCACUUGCCCUCAGUGUGGGAAGAGUUUCAUAGAGAAAACAAAACUGGAGAGGCACAAGAAAAUUCACUCUGGAGAAAAGCCUUACACUUGCCAUCACUGUAAAAAGAGUUUUACGUUGAAGCAAAGCCUUGACAUUCACAUGAGAAUUCACACCGGAGAAAAGCUUUACACCUGCCAACAGUGUGGAAAGAGUUUUACAGUGAAACAGAAGCUCAUAUCCCACAUGAAAGUUCACAUUGAAGAGAAGCCUGCACUUGGUGUGGAAAUCUUCGCGGCGACGUGCUACGACGUUUAUCGUCGAUAUUUCAGAAAAAUAAAGCUUUCAGACUCCCAACCGUCUUCAGCUGUUGUGAAGUUUACUUUAGAUCAAAUGGAUAUAAAAGAAGAAGACUGUUCCCCCAAUCAUGAGCCUGGGAUGCAUUUCACCGAACAACCGAGCCUAAAGAUUCACACUGGAGAGUCGCCUUUCACCUGCAAACAGUGUGGAGAGAUUUUCACAACAAACCAAAGUCUUGCAAGUCACAAAGUGAUUCACACCGGGGAACACAUUUUUAUUUGUUCAGAGUGUGGAAAGAGUUUCACGCAAAUGCGGUAUCUUAAAAAUCACAUGAAGAUUCACACCGGAGAUCACCCCUUCACUUGUCCGGAGUGUGAUAAGUGUUUCACAAUGAAGCACAGCCUUGAAAGUCACUUGAAAAUUCACACUGGGGAAAAACCAUUCAUCUGCCCUGACUGCGGAAAAAAAUUCAGAAUAAAGCAUAGCCUGGAGGGCCACAUGAGGAUUCACACGGGAGAGAAACCUUACACAUGCCGAGAGUGUGGAAAGAAUUUCAGAGAGAAACAAAUCCUCGACAAGCACUUGACCAUUCACACUGGAGAAAAGCCUUACUCCUGCCCUGAGUGUGGAAGGAAUUUCAGGGUGAAAAAGUGCCUUGAAAAUCACAUCAAAACUCACACCGGAGAGAAACCUUACACAUGCCAAGAGUGUGGAAACAGUUUCGCAGUGAAACAAAACCUCAAAAGGCACAUGAGAAUUCACACUGGAGAAAAGCCUUAUGCCUGCCCUGAGUGUGGAAGAAGUUUUAGAGUGAAACAAGAUCUUAAAAGUCACAUGAGAAUUCACACCGGAGAAAAACCUUUCUCCUGUCAACAGUGUGGAAAAAGCUUCUCAGAGAACAAGACACUUGAAAGUCACAUGAGAAUUCACACAGGAGAAAAGCCUUUCGUCUGCUCUCAAUGCGGAAAGAGAUUCAGAAGGAAACAAAACCUUAAGAGCCACAUGAGACUUCACACCGGAAACAAGCCUUACACCUGCCCUCAGUGUGGAAAGAGUUAUAAUGAACAAAAAAGCCUUGAGAAUCACAUUAGGACUCACACCGGAGAGAAACCUUUCGCUUGCGAUCAGUGUGGAAAGACUUUCACACAACAAAGUACCCUUAGGGGUCACAUUAAGAUUCACACCGGAGAGAAACCUUUCACUUGCCCUCAGUGUGGGAAGAGUUUUAUUGAGAAAACAAAACUGGAGAGGCACAAGAAAAUUCACUCUGGAGAAAAGCCUUUCGAUUGUCAUCACUGUAAAAAGAGUUUCACGAUGAAGCAAAGCCUUGACAUUCACAUGAGAAUUCACACCGGAGAAUUAUACACCUGCCAACAGUGUAAAAAGAGUUUUACAGUGAAACAGAAAUUUGACAGCCACAUGACAAUUCAUACCGGAGAGAAGCCGUACACCUGCCAACAGUGUGGAAAGUGUUUCAGAGAGAAACGGAAGCUCGUAUCCCACAAGAGAGUUCACACUGAGGAGAAGCCUGCUCCUGGCGUGGAAGUAGUUUUAGAGUGAAACAAGGCCUCAAAAGUUACACAAGAACAAGCUGGGCACAUGAAAUAAAAACUGAAACUUCACAUUGUUGUGCUCAAUGUGGGAUAUAAAUAUAAUUUGCAUGCCGUUAAAAAAAAAAACACACCAUGAAACACUGUUCAAUUCAGAGUUGCAAACCCAAACUAUACUUUUUUGUGCCCAGAUGUUAGUGUAUGCGUUCAGUUGAAAACAGUUCCUAAUAUUCUCCAUUUAGCGACACUUCAUAGUUUCAUCCGUAUCCAGUGUCUACUUUGUUUCUCUCUAGAAGUUAUAAGCCAUUACAAUAAACGGUUAAAAUGACUGAUUCAAUUAAAUUAUUUAUGAGUGACAGAUAACCAACUUACUUAGGUUUUCAUUUUCGCAUUUGUUGCCUGUAUUUUCUUGCAAUUUUCAAGCAGUUCUAACUUUAGUUUCAGCAAUUGUUUCUUAGAAAAAGUUUCUUAUGUCCAUAAGCUCUGUAGUCAGCAGUGUAGCCUAUUUCACAUUCCUACCAUAUUGAAAGGGGUCUGGAGGCAGACCUGGUGCAGUGCAAUCUGAGCUGGAUCCCUAUGGACUGGCCAUAGGGAGCACCGGGACGCACCGUGGCCUGACGAUCUAUCUGGCCUGCCACCAAGAUUCUGGCCUGCCGUAUCCCCCCAUCCCCCCACACUUUUCAUAAACAUCGCGCUUCUCCCCCACCCCCAUUUUUCAUAAACAUCGAGCAUUUUUAGUUGGUCUGCCAACUUCCAAAAAUAAACAAACAACAGAAGACGAUAAGAAGACAGUCAAACAAAUCAAGACGCUAAGCUUCAGCUCAAUAUAAAGUUAAAAGCUAUUGGUGUAAUGAAUAUUCUUUAAGGUAACAAUGUAAUAUAUACAACCCCAAAUCAGAAAAAGUAUGGAAAAUGCAAAUAAAAAGAAAGUAGUGGUUUCUAAAUAUACUUAAAAUAUGAACACAAAAUAU